AUGGAGUUCCCUUAUAAAAGAGCUUUACACCAGUGGAAUCCAUCACAGUUUGCAAUCAAAGACAUAAUGAAGAGUUUGGAGUUCAGACUUAUUGUUGCCUUAUGGCUAAGCUAUACAGUUGCUGCACAGAACUCCACGGAUGGCGAUCGGGAAGGACGAAUUGUCGGCGGCUGGGAGACGCGAAUCACCUUCUUUCCGUACCAAGUAUCCCUGCAGAUAGGCACUCGACACGGCUGCGGUGGCUCCAUCAUUGCGCCUACCAUCAUUCUAACCGCUGCCCACUGUGUGCUGGAGCACACCAAACCGCAGUAUUAUGCGAUACGAGCCGGAUCUAGUGAAUGGGCCCAAGGCGGCAGCUAUAUCCGCGUCAAACGCAUAGUACCCCAUCCGAAAUUCCACGAACCCACGAGGAUGAACAACGACAUUGCCAUUGUUCAGCUGCAGCAACCACUCGUCUAUAGUGAGGAAAUUCAACCUAUUAACUUGGUCUCCACUCAGAACAGAAUUCAGCCGACGGCCCAGCUUUUUGUCAGCGGCUGGGGCAGUCUGUCGAUCUCACAAAUGCAGUCGGAGAAGCGUCUUCGUUACACAGUUGUCCAACAACUGGAUCAGAAUCAGUGUGUGAGAAACUACUUUGGAGCGGGCACUGUGACCAACACCAUGUUCUGUGCCGGAACUCAGAACGGCGGAAGAGACAGCUGCCAGGGAGAUUCUGGCGGACCACUGGUUACCCCUGUCGAUGGCAGGAUGAAGUUGUACGGAGUUGUGUCCUGGGGCUUCGGCUGCGCAAAUGCAUUUUAUCCUGGCGUUUACACAAAAGUUUCCGCAUAUGGAGACUGGAUAGCGCAAACAAUCGAGGAGCUGGUCUAGUCUAAUUUUGUUUUACAAACUAAUGCUUAAUAAUAGCAAUAAUAGUCAAAUUAAACGCUAUGCUUAAGCUAUCACAUAGUCCAUGUAUAAAUAGUAAUUAUAACGUGUAAGAUUUUCUCCUCUGUAAAUGAACUUUCUCGAUCGCUAACAACUUGCUAAUUCUGAAGUUCAGAUGAUCGACCAAAAACAUAAAAUAUUACUUAUCGAACAACAA